AUGGCGCAGCAGAACGAGCUGCCUUUCAGCGAGAACGAUUCACAGGACAUGGUGAUAUACCAGAUGAUGAGUGAAGCCAGCAGCAAUUCGUAUCCGACCCACCAACCGAAUUCCAACCCGCUCCUUCACCAUCUCCACACUUCCGGCAACAGUCGGGUUAUAUCCAAGCGCCACUACAGAGGGGUCCGGCGCCGCCCAUGGGGGAAAUACGCCGCUGAGAUCCGCGACUCGUCCCGCCAUGGCGCCAGGGUGUGGCUCGGCACGUUCGAUACAGCCGAAGAAGCUGCGCUGGCCUACGAUCGAGCUGCUUUCCGGAUGCGGGGGACCAAGGCCGUGCUCAAUUUCCCGCCGGAGCUGGCUGCGGCGGCUGAGCCGCUACAUAGGCUGAUGAAUCAUCCCGGGAAGAUAUCCAGGGCGGAGGCGACGGCGGCUGGGAGUAAUAGUAAUAAUGAUGGUGGUAACAUCAUCAAGGAUGGGAAGCCGGAACUGAGUUAUAGCUCCGGCGCCGCUGUCGAGUCGCAAUCGGAGGAGACGUCUGGCGGAGGCGGAACAGGGGAGUCGCGUGACAGGGGAGGAGAGGGUUUUUUGAAUAGCUUGCUUAGAGCUUGUUGA